AUGUCGCUGCUCGGGGCUGGCAGUGCCACCACCCCGCUGCUGGCUGUCCCCGCGCUGUGCCAUCGCUGCCCCCUCACUGCGGGGCGCCGGGUCCCUUCGGCACCUCCUCCUCCUCCUCCUCCUCCUCCUCCUCCUCCUCCUCCUGUGUCCCCACGCUGUCCCCGCGCUGUCCCCGCAGCCGAGGCUGGCAGCUGCCUGCAGGACGGGCACCGCUACAGCGACAAGGACGUGUGGAAGCCGGAGCCGUGCCGGAUCUGCGUGUGCGACACGGGGACAGUUCUGUGCGACGAGAUCCUGUGCGAGGAGCUGCGGGACUGCCCCAGCCCCGAGAUCCCCUUCGGAGAGUGCUGCCCCAUUUGCCCCACCGAGCAGCCCAGCGGGCAGCCCGGCCCCAAGGGACAAAAAGGUGAACCCGGUGACAUCAAAGAUGUCGUAGGACCCCGAGGACCCCCGGGCCCACAGGGCCCCGCAGGUGAGCAGGGCCAGCGAGGCGACCGCGGCGAGAAGGGCGAGAAGGGCGCCCCCGGCCCCCGGGGCAGGGAUGGGGAGCCCGGAACCCCCGGAAACCCCGGACCCCCCGGACCCCCCGGACCCCCGGGACCCCCCGGCCUGGGGGGGAACUUCGCGGCUCAGAUGGCCGGGGGCUUCGACGAGAAGGCGGGAGGGGCUCAGAUGGGCGUCAUGCAGGGCCCCAUGGGCCCCAUGGGACCCCGCGGCCCCCCCGGCCCCUCCGGCUCCCCCGGUCCCCAAGGAUUCCAAGGCAACCCCGGUGAACCCGGCGAGCCAGGCGCUGCUGGUCCGAUGGGUCCCCGGGGACCUCCGGGACCUCCUGGCAAACCCGGUGACGACGGCGAGAGCGGCAAACCCGGCAAAUCCGGCGAGCGCGGCCCCCCCGGGCCCCAGGGCGCUCGAGGCUUCCCCGGGACCCCCGGCCUGCCCGGAGUCAAAGGCCACCGGGGCUACCCCGGCCUGGACGGCGCCAAGGGAGAGGCGGGAGCGCCCGGAGCCAAGGGCGAGUCCGGCUCCCCGGGCGAGAACGGCUCCCCCGGGCCCAUGGGUCCCCGCGGGCUGCCCGGAGAACGAGGACGCCCCGGCCCCUCGGGCGCUGCGGGCGCUCGUGGCAACGACGGCCUCCCGGGCCCGGCCGGACCCCCCGGUCCCGUCGGCCCCGCAGGAGCCCCCGGCUUCCCCGGCGCCCCCGGCUCCAAGGGUGAAGCGGGUCCCACCGGAGCGCGAGGACCCGAGGGUGCCCAGGGCCCCCGCGGGGAGUCCGGGACCCCCGGCUCGCCCGGCCCCGCCGGCGCCCCCGGGAACCCAGGGACGGACGGCAUCCCCGGAGCGAAGGGAUCGGCGGGUGCUCCAGGAAUCGCCGGCGCUCCAGGAUUCCCCGGCCCCCGCGGCCCACCCGGACCCCAGGGAGCCACCGGCCCGCUGGGCCCCAAGGGACAGACGGGCGAGCCCGGCAUCGCGGGAUUCAAAGGCGAGCAGGGACCCAAGGGAGAGACGGGCCCCGCGGGACCCCAGGGCGCCCCCGGACCGGCGGGGGAGGAAGGCAAGAGAGGAGCCCGCGGAGAGCCCGGAGCUGCCGGACCUUUGGGGCCGCCUGGAGAGAGGGGAGCUCCCGGCAACCGCGGCUUCCCCGGGCAGGACGGGCUGGCCGGCCCCAAGGUGGGAUCGUGGUGA